AUGCAGGCUCCGACAAAGCUUGCGCCGGUGUCAGGAUGGAAGCAGGCUGAGAACAAAAAGCCGGCAGGCUCUCAGGACAUCUUCCUCCGGCCCACGCCCGUGAUUUCAGGAAUCCGCUUGCUUCCAGCUCCAGGCCUCGAAGAUGAUGAAGAAGAGGGCAGUGAUGGCGAGAAGAUCCGUAAGCCCGUGGCCAGCCGAGGCAGGCCGUUAAAAGCAGCCUCCGCGGAUGAUUUGGCACACGUACGAGCUCCACGGAAGGAAUCUGCUCCGGAGAGGAAGGCCGAUCAGGAGGACGCGCCCAAGGCUCCAAGAAAAUCAAAGGAGGACAAAGCUCCAAAGGCAGACGGAGAGCGGGAAAGCAAGGAGGCCAAGGAGAGCAAGAAGAGGCGUGAAGACCGGGGCGAAAGCCGAAGCAAAAAGGAGAAGGACCGGAAUGGAACAGACCGUGGCCGGGGAGAUGAUGGCCGCGCUCGGCGAGGAGACGAGGAUCGCGAUCGGGAACGGAGAGACGAACGGAAAGAGGACCGUAAAGAGGACCGACGAGAGAAGCCUCGUGACGAUCGCCGUGAUCGCCGCGAUGACAAAGAUGAUCGCCAUGAGAGACGAGACGAAGAUCGGCGUGACCGACGAGAAGAGCACGACCGACACGAUCGGCGGGAGGGGCGCGACAGGGAUCGUGGUCGCACAGAUCGGCGUGAUCGAGACAGAGACCGGGAUCGAAGCCGUGAUCGGCGCUAG